AUGGCAGGUGCACAGCCCCUAGUUCAAAUCAAGGAACAUCUUCGGAUCCACAACCUCUUGGUCCGCCAGUGCCUGGCAGAGUUCCUGGGUGUAUUUGUACUAUUGCUCCUCACUCAGGGUGCUGUAGCUCAGGCUGUCACCAGUGGAGAAACCAAAGGCAACUUCUUCACUAUGUUUCUGUGUGGCUCCCUGUCUGUCACAAUAGCCAUCUACGUGGCUGGCAAUGUCUCAGGGGCCCACCUGAAUCCAGCCUUCUCCCUGGCCAUGUGCCUCGUUGGACGCUUCCCCUGGGCCAAGUUCCCAAUUUACUGUGUUGUGCAGUUGCUGGCAGCUUUCUGUGCCUCAGGAGCCACUUAUGUUCUCUACUAUGAUGCCUUACAGAACUAUACAGGUGGGGACUUGACUGUGACUGGACCGAAGGAGACAGCCUCCAUCUUUGCCACCUACCCUGCACCUUACCUAUCCUUGAAUAAUGGCUUCCUGGAUCAGGUUCUGGGCACUGGGAUGCUGAUUGUGGGGCUCUUAGCAAUCCUGGACAGACGGAACAAGGGUGUACCCGCGGGUCUGGAGCCUGUGGUGGUGGGGCUGCUGAUCCUGACCAUUGGACUAUCCAUGGGUGUCAACUGUGGGUUUCCACUCAACCCUGCCCGGGAUCUGGGCCCACGGCUCUUCACCUAUGUGGCCGGCUGGGGCCCUGAGGUCUUCAGUGCUGGUAAUGGCUGGUGGUGGGUGCCGGUAGUGGCUCCUCUAGUGGGGGCCACCCUGGGCACAGCCACGUAUCAGCUGAUGGUGGCUCUGCACCAUCCUGAGGACUCAGAGUCAGUUCAGGAAACCUCAGAUUUGGAAACUCCUGCCUCAGCUAAGACGAUGGAGAGUAAGCUGUGA